AGCAGCUUUCUUGGCAUGCUUGACGCUUUAGGCUUGAUGGAUGGUGAGACAGUGGCCAUAAUUGGCCCCCAGACUUCAGCUACUGCUCAUGUUGUAUCGCAAAUCGCCAAUGAGAUUCAUAUCCCCAUGUUGUCAUUUGGAGCUACAGAUCCGACACUAUCUUCACUUCAGUACCCAUUCUUUGUCAGGACAACACAGAAUGAUCUAUUUCAGAUGGCAGCAAUAGCAGAAAUUAUAGACUACUAUGGAUGGAGAGAUGUAACAGCAAUCUAUGUAGAUGACGAUCAUGGGAGAAACGGAAUUGCAGCUUUGGGAGACAAGUUGGCCGAGAGACGCUGUAGGAUAUCACAUAAAGCUCCUAUAAGCCCCAGUCUGAGCCGUGAAAACAUCGGCAAUGAACUGAAAACGGCGAAUUCGGAGGAAUCUAGGAUUUUUGUUCUUCUUGCUUAUGCAGACUGGGGUCUGGAGGUUUUUAGUGUGGCGCAAGAUAAAGGGAUGACAGGAAGUGGCUAUGUCUGGCUAGUUACUGAUUGGCUUGCUAGCACCUUCGAUACUGAUACUUCUAUCUUUUCAGAAGCAAUUGGUGGAGUUCAAGGAGCUAUUACGUUGCGUAUGCACACACCAGAUUCACAACAGAAAACGAAAUUUGUCUCUGGAUGGAGCAAAUUGACUCGGGAUAAAAUGGUUAAUGGCACUGAGUUAAAUACUUAUGGUCUAUAUGCUUAUGACACUGUCUGGUUGCUGGCUUAUGGAAUUGAUGCCUUUUUCAAGCAGGGAGGAAAUAUUUCAUUUUCACAAGAUCCAAAGGUAACCGAGCAGCAUAGAGGGAAACUGCAGGUGGAUGAAGUGAGAAUCUUCAAUGGAGGGGAUCUUUUGCUUCACAGCAUUUUACAGGUCAAUACGACCGGAGUAGCAGGGCCAAUCAAGUUCGAUUCAGAUAGGAACCUAAUUCAUCCGGCAUAUGAAGUUAUGAACGUCAUUGGCAAAGGAUUUAAAAGGAUCGGUUAUUGGUCUAAUUACUCUGGCUUAUCAGUUGUGCCACCGGAAACGCUUUAUACAAAGCCACCUAAUCGUUCAAGUUUGAGUCAAGAACUAGAGAGUGUAAUCUGGCCUGGACAAACGAAACAGAAGCCUCGUGGAUGGGUUUUUCCAGAGAAUGGAAGGCAAUUGAGAAUUGCAGUGCCAAACCAUGUCAUUUAUCACGAGUUGGUCUCUGUGAAAGGCGCUGAUUCAUUCAGUGGAUACUGCAUUGAUGUAUUUACAGCUGCUAUGAAGUCUUUGCCUUACGAUGUCCCAUAUAAGCUACAUGCAUUUGGGGAUGGUAUUAACAAACCUAAAAUAUCUGAGCUUCUGCAAUUGAUCGAAGACGGUGUCUAUGAUGCUGCAGUAGGGGACUUGGCUAUCACCAACAAUCGAACAAGGAUUGUGGAUUUCACACAGCCCUACGUGGAGUCCGGCCUAGUCGUAGUGGCCCCAGUUCAGAAGUUGAACUCUAAUUCUUUGGCAUUCUUGAGGCCAUUCACUCCGAUGAUGUGGUUAGUAACAGGAAUCUUUUUCCUUGUUGUCGGAGUUGUUGUUUGGAUCUUGGAGCAUAGAGUCAAUGAUGAUUUUCGAGGCCCUCCUAAGAGACAAAUUGCAACUAUUAUAUGGUUCAGCUUUUCAACAUUGUUUUUCUCCCAUAAGCAAAAUACCGUCAGCUCCCUUGGUCGCUUUGUGCUACUCAUCUGGCUAUUCGUAGUUCUUAUACUCAAUUCAAGUUACACUGCAAGUUUGACCUCAAUUCUUACGGUAGAACAACUUUCUUCGCCCAUUAAAGGGAUUGAGAGUUUGGUAACAAGCAAUGACCGCAUAGGCUUCCAGCGGGGAUCAUUCGCUGAAAAUUAUCUAGCGGAGGAAUACAACAUAGCCAGGUCUAGACUUGUUGCUCUCAACUCCGACGAGGACUAUGCCAAAGCCUUGAAAGAUGGUCCCCAGAAAGGAGGUGUUGCUGCGGUGAUUGAUGAACGAGCAUACAUAGAGCUUUUCCUCUCCACUCGAUGUGACUUCAGUAUUGUAGGUCAGGAGUUCAGCAAAAGUGGGUGGGGAUUUGCAUUUCCGAGGGACUCACCCUUAGCAGUGGACAUGUCAGCGGCCAUCCUGAAACUUUCAGAAGGCGGAGAACUCCAAAGAAUACAUGAUAAAUGGCUGCAGAGAAGUGCCUGUAGUUCAGAAGGUGCGAAAGAAAGUAUAAACCGACUUCACCUUAAAAGCUUUUGGGGCCUUUUUCUCAUGUGUGGUGUAGCUUGUUUGCUCGCUCUCCUUCUAUAUCUUAUAAAGAUACUGUGGAAGUUUUCCAAUUACUCAGAAGACACCGAGCCUUCAAGUCGAGGCACUUCAUCUCUAGGUCUUCAGACAUUCAUUUCAUUUGUCAGUGAAAAGGAAGCGGACAUCACUAGUCGGUCCAAGAAAAGGCGAAUGGAGAGGGCCUCGAAUAAAGUUAGAGGUGGAGAUGAAUCACCAAACUGUUCUUUUGGGAAUAGUAAUGAAGUCUAG